UCGUGCUCUUCCUGUGAGAGCAACAGCAGAGAAGCAGGACAUGCUGUACCUGAGGAAAAGAAGAGAGCGACGUCACAAGUCAAACAAACCAACGCGUCUACUCUGGUGUCUUGUUGAAGAAAGUGUCUUGGAUUGAUUUUUGUUGUUGUCUCUUCCUGUACAGCAUGUCUCCCUCGAUCCAAUGUUUCCAGCCGCGAUUCUCCUUCUCCCCCUUCUGGACGCACACCAGCUUGUCCCCUUCCCAGCACUCUCUGCCUGAGGAGACGGGAGAGAACCCGAGGCGCUGAGCUAGAAGAAGGAGCGGGUGGAGAAGGAGAAAGAGAGAGAGAGAGAAAGAAAGAAAGAGGAGAAGAAGAGAAGAGGUCGCCGUGCAGUUCCCUCUCCUGGCCCCUGGCGCAAUCUCCGCCGAGAAGAUGCUGAGAAUAGCCGGUGUGUUGGCUCUAGUGGCUCUGGGUCUGAGCGCCGCUCGCACCAAAGUGAAUAAACACAAGCCGUGGAUUGAGACCUCCUACCACGGAGUGAUCACUGAAAACACUGACAUCGUUCUGCUGGAUCCUCCUCUGGUGGCCCUGGACAAAGAUGCUCCCAUCCCCUAUGCAGGGGAGAUCUGUGCGUUCAACAUCCACGGGCUGGAGGCUCCGUUCAAAGCGGUGGUGCUGAACGGAACGUCAGGCGAGGGCCAGCUGAGGGCCCACGGCCUGGUGGACUGCGAGCUGCAGAAGGAAUACACCUUCAUCAUACAGGCUCACGACUGUGGCUCCGGACCCAAGGGAACGGAGGGCAAGAAGUCCCACAAAGCGGUGGUGCACAUCCAGGUCAAUGACGUAAAUGAGUUUGCUCCUGUGUUCCGGGAGCCCCAGUACCACGCCGCGGUGACAGAGGGCAAGAUUUACGACAGCAUCCUGCAGGUGGAGGCCACUGACCAGGACUGCUCUCCACAGUACAGCCAGAUAUGUAACUACCAGAUCACCACAAGCGCCACGCCCUUCGCAAUAGAUCGCAAUGGUAACAUCCGCAACACCGAGAAGCUGAGCUAUGACCGUCAGCAGCAGUACGAGAUCCAGGUAACAGCCUGGGACUGCGGCCAGAAGAGGGCGCUGCACAGCGUUCCCGUUCGCAUUGAUGUCAAGCCUGUCUGCAAACCCGGCUGGCAAGGUUGGAAUAAACGAGUGGACUACGAGCCCGGAACAGGCAGUAAGCAGCUGUUUCCUAAGAUGCACCUGGAGACCUGUGGUGAGCCGCUGUCAUCGGUGAGGACCACGGUGGAGCUGCAGACCAGUCACAUCGGGAAGGGCUGCGACCGGGAAACCUACUCUGAGAAAUCUCUACAGAAGCUCUGUGGGGCCUCCUCGGGCAGCACUGACCUUCUCCCUGCCCCGAGUGCUGCCACCAACUGGACGGCGUCCCUGGUGACUGACAGUGGGAGGGACAGCGACUUGAUCUUCAGAUUUGAUGGUCGUCAAGCAGCAAAUAUCCCAGACUGGGUGGUACCUCAGAAUCUGACUGACCAGUUCACCGUAGCGACGUGGAUGAAGCACGGGCCCAGUCCUGGACUCAGAGCUGAGAAGGAGACACUACUCUGUAACUCGGACAAGACUGAGAUGAACCGACAUCACUACUCACUGUACGUCCACAACUGCCGCCUGGUGUUUCUGCUGAGGAGAGACUUCACUCAGGUGGACACGUUCAGACCGGCUGAGUUCCACUGGAAGCUGGAGCAGAUCUGUGACAAGGAGUGGCAUUACUACGUCAUCAAUGUGGAGUUCCCAGUGGUGACGCUCUAUGUGGACGGAGUGACCUACGACCCCUACCUGGUGACGGACGACUGGCCCAUCCACCCCACACAGAUUGAUGUGCAGCUGACCGUCGGGGCCUGCUGGCAAGGUGGGGAGGUGACCAAGCCACGGUUCACUCAGUAUUUCCGGGGCAGCCUAUCCGGACUGACCAUCCGACCAGGGAAGAUCGAGAGUCAGAAAGUCAUUUCCUGUCUGCAGGCCUGCAAAGAGGGACUGGACAUCAAUUCCCUUGAGAGUCUGGAUAAGAGCAUAAAGUUCCACUUUAACCCAGCCCAGUCCAUACUGGUGAUGGAGGGAGAGGACUUGGAGAACAUGAACACUGCUGUAAGGAAGGUUUCCUACAUCAACUCUCGCCAGUUUCCCACACCAGGCAUCCGACGUCUGCGCAUCUCCACGACCGUCCAGUGUUUUGGUGAAGACACAUGUAUCACCAUCCCGGACAUCGAGGCGGUGGUGAUGGUGCUCCAGCCCAGCGAGCCCAGGAUCACCAUCACUGGAGUGGAGAGACUGAGCUGGCCAGUUUCUGACCUCAGAGCACAAGGUGGCGUAUCACUUUUCCAGGACCUCCACAUCAUCAGCACAGUGACCAGGGCCGAUGCCGCUGUACAUCACACAGCACGUGGACCCGGGUUGCUGGAGGAGAUCAUUCAUAACUUGGACUAUUGUGACAUCCUGGUGCUGGGGGAGGAGCUGAGGCCAGAGCAGGAGUCUCUACAACUACAGCGAAGUGCUCUGCUCGGAAAACACCUUGACGCCACAAACUCCACCUCUGGCAUGUCCAUAUACGGCGUAGACUCCAUGUCCAACUAUGAGCAGGUGAUCAGACAUGUGCGUUACUAUACCUGGCAGCCUGCAUCACUAACAGAAAGAAGGUUUCGCCUCACCUGCUCGGAGCUCAACGGACGCUACACCAGCAAUGAGUUCAACCUGGAGGUGAGCGUACUGCACAGCUCAGAGGCCAGGGAGCAUGUAAAUCACAUGGUAGCCCCGCCUCAGUACAUGCAGUUGGUCCAUCAUCCGUCCAUGAUUCACAGCCUGUACCCCAGCCACAACUCAGGCGUACCGAGUGCUGCCACAGUAGUAAUUGUGAUGUGUAUCGCUGCCCUGGUGGUUGUUGUGGUGCUGGGCAUCUAUCGCAUUCACCUGAACCACCAGCAGGAGGUCAGGCUGGAGGACACGGCCAGAGAGGCGGAUAUGACCUGGACCGACUCAGCCCUGACGAUCACCAUCAACCCAAUGGAGAAGCACGAGCAGCCCCAGGCUGCUGAGGAGGAGGCCAGCGAGGAGGAAGAGGAAGAUGACGAGGAGGAAGAUGGCGAGGAAGAAGACGACAUCACCAGUGCAGAGUCAGACGACAGCGAGGAGGAAGUGGACGUCCAGCUACCCAGGAUGCAACGCUCGAGCAAGAAGGGCCAAAACUGGGACAAUACAACAAUAUCUUAUUAAAACACACUCACAGUCCCUCACACACACAUCCUGCAACACGGCCAUACACAAACCUCCAAUCUGAUGGUUGAGACAAAAAGACUUUAUG